AUGGACGGAGGGGAAACUGUGGUCGUUACAGGGUUUGGACCUUUCAGGCAAUUCCUUGUGAACCCCAGCUGGAAAGCAGCCCAGGGCUUGAAGUUGGUUGGACUGGGAGAGGGAAUCGGUGUGCACAUCAAGGAGGUGCCAGUGAGUUAUGUCAAAGCCCAACAGAUGAUCGCUGAACUUUGGCAAACUCUCAACUCAAAGUUUGCUGUCCAUCUUGGGAUAGCCCGAGGCUCCAGAGUCAUUAUUUUGGAGCAAACCGGGAAGAACAGUGGAUACUCUGACAAAGAUGUGUGUGGCUUCUGUCCUGAAAGUCGCUGCUGUGUGCAAGCAGGACCAGAGAAACUGGACUCCGCUGUAAACAUGAAGCCCAUCUCCAAGCAGUUCAGAAGAGCAGGGAUGGAUGUUAUUUAUUCAAGGGACGCUGGCAGGUACCUCUGUGAUUUUGCAUAUUACUGCUCACUGUAUCAUGGACAGCGGAGGGCAGCCCUCAUCCAUAUACCCGUGUCUGGCAGCCUGGCAUCAGCUGACAGACUGGUGCCUCUGCUCCGGGCUCUGAUCCAGGCCAUGCUUCAACAGCUAGAUGGCCCAUCAGAAACUGCAUGAGGUGCGGAUUAUAGUGGAUUCCCUGAAAACAUCAGUCAAGGCGACCUCAGGGAUAUAAACUUUACACCUAAUGCACCAUAAAGAUACUUUUGUCAUUGAAUAAUGUUGUACAGCAAGAACAGCCUGACUGAUAAUAAAGUAGUCAUAACAGUA